CCAGAGGCCCCUGUUUGGAAAGCAAAGAGUUGUUAUGCAACGACUGAAACAAGCUCAAACAGAGGCAAUAACUGGAUGAUUUGAAGCUCAGUCGCUGCCGAGGAGGUCUGACAACAAAGAAGCCACAAGAAUGUCUGCGUGUGAAUUUGAGUCACUCGAAAAAUCUCUGGAGUCCCACCUGCCAGAGGCCGAGCUGGCAGAGGUGAAACGAAUCCUGUUUGGGAGAGAAACACUGAGGUUGGAGCUUCCAACCUGCGCCAUUGAAGCUGCAGCUGAGCGUGAAUUUGAGCUAAAAGGAUACAAGUUUGACAGCGCACAGGAGCAGCUGAGGCCACCUAGAAGAGUCAGAGUGGGGCUGGUUCAGCACCGCAUUGUCCUGCCUACUGAUUCCCCAAUCUUGGACCAGAUCAAUGCUAUGCACAGCCGUGUUGGUGAAAUUGUAGAGGUCGCUGCCAUGUGUGGUGUUAACAUCAUUUGCUUUCAGGAAGCCUGGACCAUGCCGUUCGCGUUCUGCACCCGGGAAAAAGAGCCUUGGACAGAAUUUGCAGAGUCUGCAGAGGAAGGAAACACCACACGAUUCUGCCAAGAGCUUGCUAAGAAAUACAACUUGGUAGUUGUCUCCCCAAUUCUUGAAAGAGAGGAGCUGCAUAGUACUCUGUGGAAUACAGCAGUGGUGAUCUCCAACUCGGGGAAAGUGCUGGGAAAAAGCCGGAAGAAUCAUAUUCCCAGGGUCGGAGACUUUAAUGAGUCCACAUAUUAUAUGGAGGGUGACACGGGCCACACAGUGUUCCAGACGCAGUUUGGAAAGAUUGCUGUGAAUAUCUGCUAUGGGCGUCACCAUCCCCUCAACUGGUUCAUGUACAGCAUGAAUGGAGCAGAGAUCAUUUUCAACCCUUCUGCAACAGUUGGUGCUCUCAGUGAGCCUAUGUGGUCGAUUGAAGCCAGGAACGCAGCUAUAGCUAAUCACUGUUUUACCUGCCCCAUCAACCGUGUUGGAAAAGAACAUUUCCAAAGUGAAUUCACAUCUGGGGAUGGAAAAAAAGCUCACCAUGACUUUGGUCACUUCUAUGGGUCCAGUUAUGUGGCUGGUCCUGAUGGCAGUCGCACACCAGGGCUCUCCAGGACCCGUGAUGGACUGUUGGUGGUGGAGCUGGAUUUAAAUCUCAACCGACAAAUCAGUGACAAAUGGGGUUUUAAGAUGACUGGCCGGUAUGCAGAGUAUGCAGAAGAACUUCAAAAGGCUGUAAGACAUGACUUCAAACCCCAAAUAAUAAAGGAGUAAAACACAUUUUGCACAAAGAACCCCCUUUACACCGUGUUAAGUAAAAAUCUGGAUCAAGGCACUGUAAUAUUUUAAUUUCCAAAUAUAUGAAGAUAACUUCACUGUAAGCUUUUACCAAAUGAAGAAAUUUUAAUUACUUUUAGGUGUA